AGCAUGUCAGCCAAUGGGAGCUCAGAGGCAGGUUGCAGGUCAGAGGUCAGACCCAGCAACAGCACCUGCAGCCAGAAGGAUCUUUCUGUCACCGCCUCCGCCAUCUCCAUGACUGUGGGAGUCCUCUCCAACAGCCUCGCCCUCUUUAUCCUCGUCACCUCCUACAGCAGCAUCCGGAUCAAGUCCAAGGCGUCCUUCCUGCUGUUCGCCAGCAGCCUGGUGGUCACAGACCUGCUGGGUCACCUGAUCAAUGGAUCCCUGGUUAUCAUCGUGUACAGCUUCCACAAGAAAUGGGAGACGUUUGACCCCCCACCAACAUCGUGUGCAGCGCCUUUCGGGGCGUGCAUGGUGUUCUUCGGACUGAGCCCCUUGUUCCUGGGGAGCGCCAUGGCGGUGGAGCGCUGCCUCGGAGUCACCAGGCCUAUCUUCCACUCCACAGCGUUAGCCUCACGCCACAUGAAACGGCUGCUGGGCCUCACCUGGCUGCUGGCUGCUCUGGUGGCGCUGCUGCCGGUGCUUCUGCUGAGACCCUACAGGGUUCAGAGCUCCAGGAGCUGGUGCUUCUUCUACAUGGAGGAACCCAAAGACUGGCUGGAUGUGCUGCUGCCUCUGCUGUUCUCCAUGCUGGGGCUGAUGGCCCUGCUGCUCUCCAUCGUGUGCAACGCACUGACCAGCUGCACUCUGCUGCAGGCCAGACUGCGCCGCAAGCACCACUGCAGAGGCACGUCCUACCACAUCGAGAUGAUCUGCCAGCUGCAGGCCAUCAUGUUGGUGUCCUGCGUGUGCUGGGGUCCAUUACUGAUCCGUGUCAUCAUGAUGAGCAUUAACUCCAACGACGAGCCGGCGUAUCUCAGUCUCCUGAUGGUGGUUCGUAUGGCCACGUGGAACCAGAUCCUGGACCCCUGGGUCUACAUCCUGCUGAGGAAGGCUGUUCUGAAGAAGAUCUUCAUGGUGUUCCAGUGCUGCUGGGGCUUAAACUCUCUCAACCUUCAACGCUGGCAGCGCAGCAUCCUCCACAGCUCGAUGGACACCAGCAACUCGGGAGCUGGUCCCACUGACUCACGCUUCCUCAGUCGGUUACCUCAGCCAGAAACUGCCAUCGAAUCCAUCGCCUUAACCCAGGUCACAGUGCUUUGAUCUGAGGGGGAAAUUAAAAGCAGUGAGAAGCUGUGAAGACGUGCAGAACUAUGUUGGAAUACAAACAGUCAAAGUUAUGACAUAAACUACAAGUAUAAAGUUAGUUUUCAUGUUCUCUUUGGAGUUUUAGUGUAGUCACCAUGACCUGGCAGUAUUGUGCUCUAUUGUGUAAUGUGGGACUUAUCUUGUUUUUUUUACUUUCAGCUGUUUAAUGCAUCGUUUGCUCUGAACAAAACCUGUCAAAUAUUCACAGUGCUCCAAAAAUAUUGCUUUCGCAGUAUAAUUUGUUUGUUCUUGCUCUUAUACUAUUGGAUAAUGUGUUGUAUUUGUUCAUAAUGCUGGUGAAAUGUCCCUUUGGCAGCUCCAGCCUGUGCACAUGGCUCUGUUUUUUGACCACACAUUAAUGGUAAGGUUAUAUAUUGUAGGUAUUACUUGGAUUACAAUGUGAACAUAUGGUAAAUGUGGAAAGCAAAUGUCUGCAGCAGAAUGUAAAAAAUAAUGUAAGAUAACUGAGCACAUCAGCAUUUUGUAUUUCAUCUAUCAGAGAUAUUUAAAUGUAAAUUGCACACACUGAUUUGAUAUUCAUAUAUAUUAUUUAAUUAUCUAACUGAGCAGGGUCAUCAGUGGU